AUGGCCUCGCUAGAACCCGAUACACUAGUUACAUCAGAAAACUACAUCCGAGCUAUUAUCUCCCUGUCUAGGAGGCAUUCAAACACUUCUUCCUUUCCCGGAUGCAAUUACGUUGAUCUUGCAGAAUGGCUGCUCCAAGACCGCCGACUUCUUAAGUCGAGAAAGACGGAGGAAGACUCUACUCUUUUCGCUUCCAUGUCUGAACAGCCUCAUGACCUAGUCGUGGUAUAUGACUGCGGAGAGAAGAAGUGGGACGUGCAACACUACUAUCAAGAGCAACACGAAGCAUUCUCUUCUUCAGUCUCUGUUCCUUUGCAGAGUCUGGGGCAAGUGGUCUUUGUCCAAGGCUUGUUAUCACCAUCUUGGGUUUCAGUUCUUGGGAGUAAAUAUAACAUCGAUCCAGAGUUCUUUAGGCGAAAUAUGGAUUUCCUAUCUACUAAUAAUGAUAGGCACUCUUUCAGUCUCCCGUCGCUUGCCAAUUCCUCAAACGAUAUCUUUCGUCUCUGUGUGAGCACUCUUCCUCACCGCGACAAUUUUGGAGGACAGAACGUGCAGUCUCAGCGCUCGGAACAACUCGCCGAGCUUGGAAAAUACAAGAUCCACCAUCUUGGGUCUAAAAAUGUUUGCUGCGGAGACUCGUUGGUCCGCGAGUAUACCACUGUGUGCGCGUCGUUUUCUGUGGUUGAACAGUUCAUAUCGAUUUACAUUGCGAAAACACCUAGCAGCUGGGCUAUUAUCGUCUGGAUGGACCACGGAAGACCCUUAGAACAGUCUCCGCCGGGCCCAUGGACGAGCCAUAUUGAAGCAAGAGCAACCCCGCUACCCGUCCUCCAACAUCAUCCUAAAAUGGCGUUUAGAACGACCACCAAUCGUCUGAAUGCAGAUGCAAAUGCGACAGCAGAGUUUCAGCAAAGCACGGCUUUGCUUCCUCUGCAGUACGAUUCUUUAAUCGCACUGGUUGGUUUAGCCCAUCGCGCGCCCCAAGAUCCUCUAGCUGUAUGCAUCCCCUUGUUCGCACACGCGGCUUUCUCCGAAGUCCAAUUCCUGAAUCUUAUGGAAACCAGAAUCCAGAAUCAGAUAGACCUGAUCGUUGCAGAGCACCCAGCGGAGGCAUUGGAAACUCUUCAGUACUUCACCAACGUUCUCAACCGACAUGCCCAGCAGCUUAAAGAGAGCGCUCGUGUUCUAUGCAAACUAGUCGAACGGACUAGACAGGGAUCAAAUGGCGCUAAAGUUGAAAGCAUGACGACAAAAGUUGCGCUGAAUUCUGGUCACAGCAUGUGGUUCCCUUUGGAAACGGACAGGGCCGCGAAUUUUUCCUCGCCUAGAUCUGACGGUACAUUUACACCAGGAGGCAUCAUAGAAGACUACGACCAACUCUUUGUCCGUUGUAUCGACUUGUCCAGGACGUGCACCCGGGGCAUAAAUCUAGCCAUGAACAAAGCCACGAUUGAAGAGUCCCGCAGAGCCAUUGAGCAGUCCACCCGGGUCAAGAGAUUGACCCUACUUGCUACACUCUUCAUUCCGCUUAGCUUCAGCUCCAGCCUGCUAGGCAUGAAUAUUGAUCUGCUUGGGCAGAAUUAUGUGAAGUUUUGGUGGUCUUUUGUCUUGUGUGUUCCUAUAACCUUGUGCGCCUCCAUGGUCUAUCUUUGGGACAUCCAGUUUCUCAGGCGUGGCUGGGGGAGGUUCUGGAAAGGUUGCCGUUGCAGCAGGCGACAUAUGAAAGCUGAAAGGUACAACAAGGAUCCCAACCGUAUUAUUUGA